AUGUUCGCAGACCUGGAUCCGCAAGCGCUUCAAAUAAUACUCUCGUUUUUGGACUUAGUCAAGUCAAAGUUUAGGUCGCAAUCAUACAAUGAGUUUUUGGACAGCUUCACGAUGUUUAGGGCUCAACGUAUCGAUGCGACGGGCCUUAUCCAACGUGUGUUGGACCUAUUUGAAGGUUUUCCGGAUUUGGUUGUUGAAUUCAGAGAAUUUUUGCCAUCGAAUUAUACGAUUGUGGAGCAAAGAAGUGACCAGGGUGGUACCAAGUUUUUCCUAUCGGUCAACGUGCCCAGUCAGCCACCACCUCCACCUAUUCAGUUGCCGCAAUCAUCGCCACGGCAACUGCAACAAGCGGUGUCUUCGUCUGCAGAACGAAUCAGGCAAAUACACCUCGAAGACGUAGCGAACCAGAUUGUUGAAUUGAAUCACCAGAAACUAUCCGUGAGUGAUAAUAUUCAAGAAAAUAUAUCGGAUAUAGAAAAUGAUGGUACCUUAGACACCAGUAUUGAAAAUAGCAAUCAACAGAACGAUAAAAAUGGCAAGACUGUCACAGAUGUUUUUAAAAGCCCAGACGAAUUUAAGGGGUUUCCAAAAGCAGGAGAACGCAAAACUAAAAAUACGCGAAGAAAGGGCAAAAGUAUUAUAGCUACUGACACACCCGAAAAAGAUGCCAUAGAACAACGAAGCUUUACGAAGAAAAGAAAAAUUGAUAAAAUCGAAGUGAAAAAAGUAGAAAAGGUCAAGAAACAAAUAUUUGAAGAUAGUUCUGAAAGCUCGGAGGAGGAACUUGAACUUGGUUCAUCCUCAGGGGAUGACUGCUACUAUACAAUCAAUCCAGAUGGAUUUGAGGAGCUUCAUAGAAAGCCCAUAGAAAAUGAUUUUGUGCUCGUGGAAUUUCGUGGAAAAUUGGAGAAGAAGAAGAAUCAAGUAGCAUUAGAAACCAGUUUUGCGGAUAUAAUAAAAGACAUAACAAAUGUCAACCCAACACACACUGUUACGAGGCAAAAGAAGAUUAAUGUUGAAGCUGGUAAGUCUAUUUCCACAGCUGACAUCAAGUCAAGCAAUAAUAAUAGCAAAGCAGGACCCUCUAAACCAAUUCAACAUGAAGAAGAAUUUAGUGAAUCCGAACAAGUUAGUGACUUCCAAGUUUCAAGUGAAAGUGAAACAGAGCUAUCCGAUUCUGCAGAAGAGGAAGAAGAACCCGUCUGUGAUGUUACCGAAGGCUGUUUUGUAGUUGAUGAAGAAGAAUUGCCUUCUGCAUACAUUACAAAGCUUAAAGAAAAAUUCCAUCAGAAAGAUGCAAGUAAAUCAGAUAAAAUAAGUAUUCUGAGCCUUUUGCCAAAAAAUUGGAGUAUUCGCAAGGCAGCGCAAAUAUUUAACACGUCAAGAUAUCUUGUUAAAAAAGCGAGAAAUUUGGCAAUGGAAAAGGGAAUUUUAGCUAUUCCUGAAAUGAAAAAGAAACCAUUUCCUCCUGAAAUAAUCGUUCUGGUCAAACAAUUUUACGAACGUGAUGAUGUUAGUAUAAUGAUGCCAGGUCAAAAAGACACAAAGUCGGUGAAAAUUAAUGGGAAAAAGUGCACUGUACAAAAAAGAUUAAUAUUUGGGAAUCUCAGACACGUUUAUGAGAAAUUCAUGGAUGAAAAUGAAGAGAUCAAAAUAUGUUUUGCAAAAUUCUGCUCACUCCGACCAGAGCACUGUAUUUUUGCUGGUUCCGGUGGUACGCACAAUGUUUGUUUAUGUCCGAUUCAUGAAAACAUGAGAUUAAUGACAUCAGGCAGUCAAUUGGUUAAACUGAUGAAAGACAAAAAUUAUAGUGUGGCCCAUUACGAAGAUGUGUUGCUGCAUUUUAUGUGUAAAAAUCCAAAGGAAGAAUGUUUUUUUGGGAAAUGUAAGACGUGUCCAACUACCAAUCAAAUGUCAAACAAAAUUUCUGAAGUUCUCGAAAAAAGUGGAGUCAAAAACAUGACGCACAAAAAAUGGGUAACAAAACCAAAAACAAGUUUGGAAAAAAUAACAGUCACUUCAGAAGAGUUUGUUAAAAGUUUUUGCAUAGCUGCAAGAAUAUUCCUGCAACAUUCUUUCAUCGCCAGAAAACAAGCUUCACAUUUUAAGUUCGUGAAAAAUAAUCUCGAAAAUCAUGAGAGUCUGAUAAUCUGCGAUUUUGCCGAAAACUAUGCCUUCGUUAUUCAAAACGCUAUAACGGGAUUCCAUUGGAAUAACGACCAAGCAACGAUAUUUCCAAUAGUUUUUUAUCACAAAAUCAAUAACAAAGUUGAACACAAAACAUUAAUUAUCAUUUCUGACUGCAAGAAACAUGAUGCAAUAGCUGUGUACGUUUUUCUCGAAGCCCUGAAUCAAUACUUUUCACAAAAUUAUCCACACAUACGGAAGUGCAUUUAUUUUUCUGACGGCGCUCCUCAGCAGUUCAAAAAUGUCAAACAUUUUGCGAAUAUCUUCUAUCACGAAUCCGACUUUCACCGCCCUGCACAAUGGCAUUUCCACGCAACGGCACAUGGAAAAGGACCUUGCGACGGUGCUGGGGGAACCAUCAAAAGAAUAGCACGCCGAACAAGUUUACAAAUGAUCACCGAUGAUCAAAUUUCCUCGGCAAUCGAACUGUACGAGUGGGCUAAGAAAGCUUCUUCUCUGCCUAAUAUCUCGGUGAUGUACAGGUCUUCGGAAGACUAUGCAAAAGCGGAAAAAUUCCUUCAGAAUCGUUUCGAAAAAUGCAGAACCAUAUCAGGAACACAAUCGUUUCACUAUGUUGAGCCAAACCAAGAUUGCAAAUUGAAAAUGAAAGUCUUCUCAUCCUGCGACACUUUCGACAUAUUGAGUUUCCAUAAAUCAGAAGACAAACGUGAAAACAAACGUAACUGA